UGGAACGCUGUGCUGAACCGCCUCGCACACAGGGCCGAGGCCCGCGCCGUUCAUGAAAACUUCGGUAACCCCACAGAAAAAGCAUGAGAAGGCGUCCUUUGUGUGGGAGGAUGGCAGGUCAGUGAUAGCAGCUGGUACGUUCCUGUUCAUCCCGGGUGAGGAUGGGUGCACUUACAAGCCGGCAGCACGCAGGAGUUGAAGAGGUGGAUAUGCCGUCCAACUCCGUCUACAGAUACCCGCCCAAGUCUGGGAGUUACUUUGCCAGCCAUUUUAUCAUGGGCGGCGAGAAGUUUGAUUCCAGCCACCCUGAAGGUUACCUUUUCGGCGAGAACAGCGACCUGAACUUUCUCGGAAGUCGCCCGGUGACGUUCCCAUACGCUGCACCUUCCCCGCAAGAGCCCGUGAAAACACUGCGCAGCCUGAUCAAUAUACGAAAAGACACAUUACGUCUCGUCAGGUGUACAGAGGAAGUGAAGGCCAGUGGAGCUGAAGGCAGCCGGCCCAAAGUACAUUAUAAUGUGGAGUUUACAUUUGACUCAGAUGCAAGAGUGGCCAUUACCAUCUAUUACCAAGCCACGGAGGACUUUCAGGGGGGUGUUGCCAGUUACAUUCCUAAGUCCAGCAGCCUGCAGUCUGAGACUGUGCACUUCAAGAAAGGAGUCAGCCAGCAGUUCUGUCUUCCAUCACAUAGUGUGGAUCCCUCAGAGUGGAGAGAAGAAGAGUUGACCUUUGAUCUUGAUCGAGAAGUAUAUCCCAUGGUUGUCCAUGCAGUGGUGGACGAAGGUGAAGAACAUCUUGGGCACUGCCACGUAUUAAUGGCAACGUUUGAAAGGCAUGCAGAUGGCAGUUUUUGUGUGAAGCCCCUGAAGCAGAAACAAGUGGUGGAUGGGGUCAGUUACCUCUUGCAAGAAAUCUAUGGGAUUGAAAACAAGUACAAUUCCCAUGACUCUAAGGUAAUGGAAGAUGAAGUCAGUGACAAUAGUGCAGAGUGUGUUGUUUGUCUGUCUGAUGUUCGGGACACACUUAUUUUGCCAUGCCGACAUCUUUGCCUGUGUAAUACCUGUGCAGAUACCUUGCGUUACCAAGCAAGCAACUGCCCCAUCUGCCGUCUGCCUUUCCGAGCGCUGCUUCAGAUCCGAGCGAUGAGAAAGCUUCCAGGUCCUCACUCACCUUCCGGGUUUAGUCCAAUCAUUGCAGCCCCAAGCUCAGACUCCGAAGAGCACACGUCUUCUGAACAUGUUCCACCUGGGUAUGAAGUUGUGUCCCUUUUGGAGGCUUUGAAUGGACCCUUAACCCCAUCGCCUUCGGCCCCCCCAUUAAGAGCUCUAGGGGAUUCUCGGCGGCCGGGAGUGCUUCCUUCAUACGGCAGUGACAUCCAGCUGCCCCACCUGCGCAUGCAUUCGCCUCUUCAGCAUCUCUGUGGCAGCCAGGCUCUAAAGCUGAAAAAAAGCAUUUCCAGGUCAAUUUCCCAGAACUCUUCAGUGCUGCAAGAAGACGAGAUGGAAAAAUCAUUCAGUGAAGCCGAGAUCCAAACGCCACGAAAAAAGACACCCCAACUAGCUGAGGAAUGCGGAGCAACUCCAGAAAGUGAGAAUUUGACUCUGUCCUCAUCAGGAGCUAUUGACCAGUCUUCCUGCACAGGAACGCCGCUGUCUUCCACCAUCACCUCUCCGGAAGACCCCUUGAGCAGUAGCCUGGCGCAGUCCGUAAUGUCCAUGGCCUCGUCCCACAGCCAGCAGUCCCAGCUCAGCACAGACACUGUGUCCUCCAUGUCUGGUUCCUACACAGCAGGUGUAAUGGAGGAAGAGGAAGGGGGGAUUACACCGUCACCUCCUGUGGCUCCCAGCGGAUCCCCUUCUGAAGAGGGAGAGCUGUCACCGGAGGGACACUUUGUGACUGUGUCUGCGGAUGAAAUGGAUGCAGAGGGAAAUGUCACAGAGGAAGAAUUUGCAUCCCCAGAGGAGGACGAUGGGCAGAGGACUGGCAGAGAGUGUGACAAUAACAAUGCUGCUCACGUCACACUGCGGGACGCUCUGGACAAUGUGCGGGGCUCUGAGGGCUGCCUGGCCGAUGAUUGUUACCCUGGUACUCCAAGCCAGAGAAGAAGACAUCCAUACCACACGUCGGACACUUGCAUCUCUUUACAGGAGGUGGGAGAUAGACAAGGGCGGCUGGGCGCUCAGGACGUGUGACGACGCUUCUGUCAAGGAUUGGCUGCUAUCCUGUGGACACUUCCUUCCACCAGUCACCAAGAGAGACUCUCACCUCCGUAACGUCACUCAGGACACCUCACUGUUUAUACCUGGUGCCAGCUUUCCGCCCUCAGUUCAACUUGUUUUAACACUUCACCUUUCAGUAGGUUGAUGUGUACACUUGCUGCCUCUUCAAGGUGCGGUGGUACUGGUCGCUGUAUAUCUAGUCAUGUAUAUAGCCUGUGUAUAAAUUAGCAAAAUGGGCAAACACGCACUAAGCUGUCUUAGGUCGUAACGCAAGUAUGUGGUCCAUAGUUAGGGAGCUAGCAAUGUAUGUUCUGUGUCAAGUUGCGAGGAUUGGCACUGCCUUCUGCAGCAGGUUUUUUUUUUGUUCCUUUUCUUUGUGGAGUGAAAUCUAGCGCCCUCUGGUGUCUUAGCUGAGAACAAGAAAUACCCAGAGCUGCCCACUUACUGCUAAAGCUUUUAAGCAUUUUCGGUGCCAGUGCAGAGGAGGAGAGACUGGUGGUGGUAACUGUUCAGCUCUCUUAUUAAGGUCAAGGGUUAAUGUAAUGUAUAUGGAUGUCUUUAGUCCGCUGUAGACAGGCAGUGCCACUGAAUGAGGGUGAGUGGAGUAGAUCCCAUUCUUGAGUGAGGAUGGUUGAGAAAUAUACAGUUUUGGAAGAAUCUAGCUCUGUCUGAUUAGAAAGGUAGGUGGCCGCAGUUACUGUGAGGUACUGGGAUGAUGCCUCUGUACCUACUACCACCAGUGUGCAUACUGUACCUCUGUUCUGUUUCUGGUCAGGAUCCCUUUCCCAUAACUGUCUGCAGAGGCUCUUCCAGCCAUCUAUGUACCAAGCUGCUGCUGAUGGUGACACCUUCCCCAGAAGCUUUUAGUUUGGCUGUACAUCUGCUUUCACCAAGUAUUGUUCUUACCAAAGCACUUUUUACUGGUAAAUAUAGUUUCCAUGUGCAGAUCGAGGUUUGUGAGUAUAGGACUGCGCUCCUGCAUGUGCCUCACUAUGGAACCAUGAUGGGAAAGGCAAUAAGUCCUUAUACCCCCUCACAGCGCACUGACAGAUGCCACUUACCAACAGUGUCACCCAUUUACACCACGGCACAACCGCCCGUAUGGACAAGCCACUGUACCUGUAUAAAAGGGAUGCGGCCACUUCAUGGUGCCGGUCGUCUGUGAUCAACAUAUAGUAGGUGGCCUCACUAUACAGUAGUAAUACUAAUAAAAUGUAUUUAUAUA